AUGUUUGGACACCUAGACAAACAUUGUAGAAACAAAGACAAACCUAACUGUGCAUUUUGUAGUGAUAAACAUAAGACCUCGGACUGCCAACAACCAUCAACAGCCAAACCUACGUGUUUUCACUGUAAGAAACAGGGUCACGAGGCCACAUCACAACAAUGUGAAAUUUAUAAAGAACAGCAAAAGAGAAUGAGAAACAAUGUAGAGAGAUAUUCGGCAGGACAAAAGUUAAACGUCCAACAGCAACAGCCAUUAUCUACCUGGAUAGAUGAUGAAAAUGAAUUUCCUUCUCUCUCUCAAAAUGACCAGUUGAGCACCACGAAUCAAAUGAAAUAUAUUGAAACAUUAGCUGAGAUUUUCUUCACUAAGAUGGAAAAACGAUUUGAAAACCUUGUAAAGCAACUAAAAAAGGAACUUCGGUCAACAAAUAGUAAAGAAGAACUCAUUGAUCCAGACAGUAAACAGACAGUAGAAGAACCAAUUGCAUACAUGUCAGAUGGCAAUAAGAAUGAGGAACUUGAAGAAGAUGAUAAUGAAGAAGAAGAAAAACCAGAAAUCAAAACAACAACAACACAAAGUGAAUUGUUUGAUGUCACUGCUAAGAAAACAACAUCUACAGAGCCAUUCUCGCAUUCUGUUGAACGCUCCGCGUUAAAAGAAAUUGCUUACAUUUCCACUCAAAACUUCUCACCUCACAAUCACAGAAUAACGCUAUCUAACAAAAUAUCGCAACAUAGCCCAGAUGGACGAAAACAGUCAAAAAUAAAAACGAACUAUCAACGAUCUGUACGUAAUGAAUUUGGUUCAUAUUAA